AACACACACUCUUGCAGCAUUCACACUGACUAACUGUCGCUCCAGAGUUACUUUGCUAUUGACAACAUGGCCGUGUCAGACAGGAGAAUAGUCAUUUUGGGAAAAACAGGAGUUGGGAAAAGCAGCCUGGCUAACACCAUAUUUGGAGAGGAACUAUUCAAUGUUGACCACAGUCUCAACUCCGGAACAAGAAAAUGUCAAGCAGAAACCAGAUCGGUCAAUGGAAGACGCAUCACUGUGAUCGACACUCCUGGUUUCUUCGACACAAAUAGACCCGAGGAGGAGCUGAAGCGUGAGAUAGUGAGGUGUAUCACAGAGUGUGCUCCUGGGCCUCAUGCUUUUCUCAUUGUGCUUGGAGUAGAGAGAUUCACAGAGCACGAGCAGGAUGUCAUCAACAAAAUACACCAAUACUUCUCUGAGGAAGCUUUGAAAUAUGCAACAAUCGUCUUCACUCAUGGUGACCAGCUCGAUGAAGAACAGACAAUUGAAGAUUUUGUCUGCAAGAAUCAGUUUGUGACCGAUCUGGCGAAGAAGUGUGGAGGUCGCUGUCACGUCAUUGAUAAUAAAUACUGGCAGAACAGCCAACAGGAUGAAUACAGGAACAACCACUUCCAGGUGAAGGAGCUACUGAAGACAAUAGACAAUGUAACUGGGGAAAACAAAGGAGGCUACUACACCAAUGAGAUGCUACAAGCAGUGGAGGAACUAAUACAACAAAAGAAGGAGCACAUUAGAAAGUCACCACAAAAACUCUCAGAGGAAGAGAUCAGAGAGCAGGCUAAGGGUAGAGUGUCAGAGAAGAUUUCAAUCAAACUGGCAGGUGCUGCAACAGGAGCACUGUUAGGUGCUUUAUUUGGUUUUAAUAUCACAGCAGCUGUAGGAGCAGCAGUAACUGAAGCUGCAGUGGUAAAGGCUGCCAGGACAGGAGGUUUUGCAGGAUAUCACGCAGCUGAGGCAGCAGACACAGCAAUGAAAGCAGCCAAGAUGGCAGCAGUGUCUGUCUUAAAGAGAGCACAUGAUGUUUUGGACGAACUAUCACAGCCAAAGUUAAAGCAGAGCAAAUAACCCCCAAAAUGAGCCGUGGCUCUAAAGUGGUGACGAAACAGUACAGAGUAGAACGGUUCUAUUACCAUCAUCCACCACUUUUGACAGCAGAGACAUAAAAUAGAUAAUGUGAUGUGUAUGAAACUGAACUGAAGUGAACUGGACUGCUGGGUGGAAAAGAGGCAUUACAGAAAGGGGAGAUAAUGUUUUGAUUUAUCGCAAAAGAGUCAUGCCUCCCUGUAGAUUGCAUGAAAAUCUUUAUAAACUAUCGUCAACCAUUGAGUUGGUUAUGUUGAUAUGUUCAUAUGUAAUAAUUAAUAGGUUGUACUUUUUGUCUGAGCUUCAAACUUAUUCCUGUCUUACGGGUUUACAACGAAAUAGUGGUUUGAUGUGUUGUCCAGUGCAUGUAGCCUGCAAAAAAAUACAUAUAUAUAUAUCAUUUGUAUCCUUUAAUAGAUAAGAUUUUAUUACUAUUAUCAUCAUUUUAUCAAUCCAGUGUACCCUGUAAGCUGUAUUUCUGACUUCCCUUGAAACAUUGCACACUGUUUGUUGUUGCAAAAGCUAAAUAGAAAAUAUCAUUUACUGUGUGUACAGCAUCAUUUUUGGGGAGAUUUUAAUAUAUAACCAAGGUAAAUGUGAAGAAUUAAUUAACUGAAACAUGUGAAUUUCUUGUACUUGAGUAAAUAAAGUUUAAUUUGAUCAAGUAA